UUGCAAGUGUUUAUUCCGAACGUUAAGCAAUAAACGUGCCCCUGCAGGUGAAGCGCGCUUGAUUAAUGCACCUCCUCGCAGUUGUAGUACGCCAAAUGGCGGGAAUGUGGAUGCAAAUCAAAUUUUGCGCCAAGAAGAUGAAAGCGUUGGAGGAAUGGAUGAUAGUGCGAGUGUACAUAGUGGCAACAAUAUUGAAGUCGGUUACAACCGAAACGAAACCCGUACAAGAAUGAGUUUGGCUGAUAGUGAAAAUCAUCGCGAUCAAUGUAGUGCUGCGAACUAUGUGCGCGGACAUGUUUCUACAGCCAGAAAUGGAAUUAGAUCGGACAGGUCCGAAGUACGUGCGGAAAGUAAUGCAAAUGCAUUCCACCUCGGCGCGCAUUAUGGUAGCUUGGGUAAUAAUUGUUACGAUGGAUCUGAACACCGAUUGACGGUAAGUGAAGUAGAAUCUGCUUUUACUGAGUUUUCUGGCACUGACCAUUGCCCCAUACGAAAAUGGAUUGAUGAUUUUGAGGAGAUGGCAGAGACAAUCGGUCUGUCCAAUAUGCGUAUGUUCGUCGUAGCUAAACGUAAGCUAGUGGGUUUGGCGAGAAUGUCGCUCAAUAGUGCUCGCCACAUUACGAGUUGGCAGGCACUCAGAUAUUUUUUAAUUGCUGAAUUCGAGCACAGUGAGAAUAGUGCUCUUGUUCACGAGAAAUUAAGAGCUAGAAAAAAGAACUUGGGAGAAAAUGUUCUCGAAUAUUUUUUGAUCAUGAGGGAGAUUGGAGCGAAAGCAAAUGUUGAUUUAGAGUCGAUCAUUACUCACACCAUUAAUGGAAUAAAUGAUAACGGCCCGGAUAAGAUGUUGCUUUAUGGAGCGAAUUCGAUCGAUGAAUUUAGACACAAAUUACGUAUCUAUCAAGGUAUCAAAGAUAGUAAAUUUAGUAGAGAGAAUCGAUAUGCACUCGCAAAUGCGGAGAAAAGGCACUUUAGUCCGAGAACCGCUGUGGGUUAUAAAUUGAACCCGCCAAAUCGAUUUAAUAAUGUGGCUAAAGCUGUUACCUGUUAUAGCUGUGGUAAGGUUGGUCAUUUGGCGAGGGAAUGUCCCAAAAGAUUCAGCGAGAAUAAUGUAAAUGUGUGCAAAUCUUCCAUGUCGUCAAAGGGCACUUAUAUGACCAUCUUGUUGGGUGAUUUUCCUGUAGAAGCUUUUUUUGACUCUGGCGCAGAUGUGUCAUUGUUGCGACUCGAUUGGACUGAUAGACUCGGGCUGGUUAUCAAUGAGCAUGAGAGGAAAAGAUUAACAACGCUAAAUGGCACUAUUUGGACUUUAGGUUCAGUUUCUGUUGAUGUACAAAUUGAUUACACACCUCUUCGUUUAGUUUUUGAUGUUCUUGCUCAACAAGAUAUGCCUCAGAGUGUGAUAUUAGGAAGGAAUUUAUUAAUCUACGGUGAUGUUAGCGUUACCGUAGAAGGAGCUAAAUUUAAUCCUAAGGACGACAAUUUUGCAAUGAGAAUUACAGUAGAUGAAAUUCAAGAUAACCCAUUGAGUCACAUUCAAAAUGUUGAAACGCGUGAAAAGGUUAAGGAGUUGAUUGCAAAUUAUACACCACAAAGCAAUACAGAUAUAAGAGUGAAGUUGAAAAUUGUGCUGAAAAAUGAUUCACCUAUCCAACAAUUACCACGUAGAUUAGCCCCAUUAGAAAACAGAUUGUAG